AUGCUCAGCUGCAGGUUGCUCAGAGGUGGGGCGACUCGAGGGUUUGAAAAGUGGCAGCUGCGGCGUGGAGAACCAUGGGUUUUACAACUCUUUAAAACAAUGCACAGAACCAGACAAGUUUUUAAAAAUUAUGGGAGAGCACUAGAAGCAGCCAGACUAAAGAUAAAUGAAGAAUUCAAAAAUAAUAAAAGUGAGACAUCUCCCAAGAAAAUAGAAGAGCUAAUGAAAAUGGGAUCUGAUGUUGAAAUGUUACUCAGGACCUCUGUUAUACAAGGAAUUCACACAGACCACAAUACAUUGAAAUUGAUUCCUAGGAAAGACCUUCUUUUAAAUAAUGUGCCAUAUUGUGAUACACCAACUCAAAAGCAGUGA